AGCGUCACAUGACGUGUGUUCCGAACAUUAUCAGCAGCAGCAGCAGAUGAUGGAGCAUCUGUCUGCGGAUUUGAACAGCGCUCUGCCGGGAGGAGGACGGACACGGACCCAGCAGCUCAGGUUGUUCCAGAGUUCUUUUUAGAAAGAGACCAGGGCCUGCACUGUCCACAGCAGGUCUGUCCUCUCUCCCGCUGCGACGACAGCGCCAUGGCCAACCAUGAGGAAUCCACGAAGAUGAAUGGCCAAUCCUCCCAUGGUGCGGAUCCCCCCAAAGAGAGCAUGCAGCUGAAGAAGGAGAUCUCGCUGCUCAACGGUGUCAGCCUCAUCGUGGGAAACAUGAUCGGCUCCGGAAUCUUCGUCUCCCCAAAGGGCGUGCUGAUCUACAGCGCCUCAUACGGGCUGUCCCUGGUCAUCUGGGUGAUCGGAGGGCUGUUCUCUGUCUUUGGGGCCCUCUGCUACGCCGAGCUGGGCACCACCAUCACCAAAUCAGGAGCAUCCUAUGCAUACAUCCUGGAGUCCUUUGGCGGCUUCCUUGCGUUUAUUCGCCUGUGGACAUCUUUGUUGAUCAUUGAGCCCACCAGUCAGGCGGUCAUCGCCAUUACGUUUGCAAACUACCUGGUGCAGCCGCUCUUCCCGACAUGUGAGCCACCGUACGUAGGGUCCCGGCUCCUCGCUGCAGCGUGCGUGUGCCUACUGACAUUUGUCAACUCUGCCUACGUGAAGUGGGGCACCCGCGUUCAGGACAUCUCCACCUACGCCAAGGUGGCGGCCCUCAUCGUCAUCAUCGCCACCGGCCUCGUCAAGCUGUGCCAGGGUUACACAACCAACUUUGAGUCCUCCUUUCAGGGAUCCUCUACAGAUCCCGGGAACAUUGCACUGGCGCUCUACUCCGCCCUGUUCUCAUACUCGGGCUGGGACACCCUCAACUUUGUUACAGAGGAGAUCAAAAACCCAGAAAGGAACCUGCCAUUAGCCAUCGCCAUCUCGAUGCCCAUUGUCACCAUCAUCUACAUCCUCACCAAUGUGGCCUACUAUGCUGUUCUGGAUGUUAGUGCUAUACUGGCGAGUGAUGCAGUGGCAGUGACAUUUGCAGAUAACACACUUGGUGUGAUGAGCUGGAUCAUCCCCCUCGCUGUGGCUCUGUCCUGCUAUGGAGGCCUCAACGCCUCCAUUAUCGCCGCUUCCAGGUUGUUCUUUGUGGGCUCUCGCGAGGGCCACCUUCCAAAUACUCUGUCCAUGAUCCAUAUCCAGAGAUUCACUCCGAUCCCUGCUCUCAUCUUCAAUUGUGUCAUGUCACUGAUCUACCUGACAGUGGAGGACGUCUUCCAACUCAUCAACUACUACAGCUUCAGCUACUGGUUCUUCAUGGGUCUGUCCAUCGCUGGUCAGAUCUACCUCCGCUGGAAGGAGCCCGACAGACCCAGACCUCUCAAGUUGUCUCUAUUUUUCCCGGUGGUGUUCUGUAUGUGCGCCAUCUUCCUGGUGGCCGUGCCUCUUUACAGCGACACCGUCAACUCUCUGAUCGGCAUCGCCAUUGCCCUGUCAGGAGUCCCAGUCUACUUCCUGGGAGUCUACUUACCGGAGUCCAAGCGACCACCUAUCAUCACCAAGCUGCUGCGUUCUGUGACUCACAUGACCCAGCACACCUGCUACUGUGUGCUCACAGAGAGUGACAAAGGUGACUAGCAUCCAGUGGGUUUCAAAACUUUACCCAGCAGCCUCUGCUGCCUCAGGGCUGAGGGUCACCAGAGGGACCUGACCAGGGAUUCUGCUGUGGAAUAAGGAUUUAUAAAUACCAUAUAUUGUUGCUUCGGACUGUAGCCCACACUGAGGCUCUCUGAUUUCACUGACUAGUUCACAACACUGAAAAUGCUGCCAAAGAUGCACAUGUUCACUCACAGCUCUAUUUCCUGGAAUUCAAGGACCUGCCAGGAUUUCAACUUUCAGUCCACACAGUUCUCUGUGUCGUAUUUCAUGUUGUGAGUACUGCAACACACAGUUUGAUUUCUUCAUCACACUAUUUGAUGACGAAUACUGACUUUCGUUAUGAUUAUCUGUCCUAUGGGUUAACGGGUAAUAGUUAUACAAAUGCCUUGUGCCUGUGAGAUUUUACAGGUCUGUGCACACGACCACAGCAACCUCAUAAGUAGAUUCUAUUUAAUAGAUUUAAAUCAUUGUAAUCGAAAGAAAUCGUGAGAGGUAUAUGUCCUGAAUGAACUAAGGGAAGAACAUGUUUUGUAAGCUGCCAACUGAAAAUGUUGGACCAUCGUACUAAUGUCAUUGCCUUCAUGACAGCUUGGUGCCAUUUUACCUCCACCCAAAGGUUAUGCUUUUAUCUGCAUUUGUAUGUCAUUUUAAAGCAGAUCCAAAAAUUGUCAACGUGGCGAGAUAGAUAUUCCUUCUCUGUAGUUGAUAUAUGCGGGAAGUAUUCUUUUCUACCAUCUGACCUGUGCUGGCGGUUACAGUCUGUCAAAAGGCUGAGGUGGGUUUAGUCUGCAGGAUCCAGUCUGUUGAUAAACAAGUUUUUAUUACCUUGUGCAACAGUUGUAUGGAUAUAUUUCACUGUAUGAACAUUGGGGCAGUUUGAAGCUCGUGCAGUAAUGUAGGAAAUUAAAGGCGGUUUCCUGCAGUGCAGUUUUAUAGAUGUGUCAAUUAAAUUUAAUUUUCAAUCAAACACCAUCUGCUCCUCAGUGCGUCCUGUCAGGUCAGGGUAGCCGAGCUUCUACUAGAUAAAAAAGGAAUGUUUCCAAGAUGAGAGGCUGAGUCUAAGAUUGUAUUCCUGAGUUACAAGGACAAUUCAAAACAAGUAUGACCAUUUCAGACCAGAUUUGGUUCACAUUUACCUCUCAAUGGACUACCUCAAAAUUUGAGAAAGAAAAAGGCAUUGCCUCAGGACAGUAACUCCACAGAUCACCUACAUCGGCAAUAAUGAGUGACGUCUCAAUUUUAACAUUUCACUUUUUGUUCCUCCACAUGCUGGACAUUUAAUUUUAUUAAAAUAUGUAUAUCUUCAGUUGUGAAUCAGAGAUUGAUUGAUUCUUCAAACGGAAGUUUUGAUUAGAUUUGUCUGCCUUCUACAUGCAUAUAAGAAAUAUCAAUAAACUCUGUAAAUGAA